AGCGACUGCGCUCCAGCGAGCAGUUAGCGCAUUAUCACGCGUUUGAGCGGUCCGUGUGCGCGAGGCUGUGGAUCCGCCUCAUGAAAGUGGACAGGUGUAGCGCGCCAUGUUGAUUGGGAAAUGAAAAGAAUAAAAAAUAAAUAAAAAAAACGCCAAAACACUGUGAUAUUUACCUGCUCUGUGAGCCAGUGCUGCUCUCUGCAGCUGCAGCCGCUGCAGCCCCGCCGCCCCCUCCCGCUGUAAUAUUUAUGACAAAACAGAGGCAAAUCAUUCUGGUCACGUUUUUUGGCUGACAGCCGCGCUGUCCUGGAGAGCUUUGGAGUGAGCCGCGCUCCAGUGCCGGAGAUCUAGCGCAGCGCACCGAGUCCCGCAGUAGGAUGUAAAGGGGGAUUCCCAGUCACCGAACUGCUUCAACCACAGAUCCGGCUAUCAUCCUCAUCGCUGUCUCGUUUGAGCCACAAGAAAAAGAAAGACGGAGCAUGGUCUGGCGUGGUGGCCGCCGUUGCUAUGUGUGAGGGAGUGCUGUGGCGUCAAUGGAGACCGAAGGCUAUAGUGACCUCCUGGAGACCAGCGAUGGUCAGGGGGUAGGCCUGCUGGAUGGAGGGGGUGAGGUGAGGAUGGAAGAAGGCUGGAGCACACCCUACCCCCUUGGCUUCCAAGUUUCCCUGACCACGGUGCUGAUGCUGGAGCUGGUGUUGGGCUUCAGCAGCAACCUGACCGUUCUUGUCCUCUACUGUGCACAGUCCAACCUGGUGGAUUCAGUCAGCAACCUGGUCACAGUCAACCUCCAUGUGCUGGACAUACUGGUCUGUCUGCUGUGUCUGCCACUGACUGUCGCUGUGAUCCUGCUACCGGCGAACGAAAGCGGAGUCGGCAGCUUGGCCACGCUGUGCUGCUUUCAUGAGGCUUGUGUCACAUUCACCAGUGUGGCCACAGCAGUCAAUGUGCUGGUUAUCAGCUUGGACCGAUAUGACAUCUCUGUGCGUCCGGCCAGUCGUCUGCUGACACCCAGGAGGGCAGCACUACUCCUGGCAGCGGUUUGGGUCGUGUCUCUGGCUGUCUUCUUCUUGCCCUUCCUUGAGGGGGAUUUCUUCUCUUCGGCGGUUAAGGACAAUAAGGAUGAGCAGCCGAGAGGGCAGAACAAUGACUCUGAGUUAACCACUGGGCUGAGCCCCAUAUUUUCCUCCAUCUCUCCUUCCUCCUUACCAUCAACUCAUUCUUCCUCCCCCACACACCACCUCACUCCAGUAUGGCAGAACAGGACGCUGCUGUGCGUAGGAGGCCAGGGGUAUUACACAGGCCUGGCUAUGUAUUACCACUUGUUACUCCAGGUGCCAUGCUUCUUCAUCGCCGUAGCCGUCAUGUUGUUCACCUACUCUAAGAUCCUGCAGGCCCUCAACAUUCGAAUAGGCUCCCACAUGAUGAGGAGUAAGCGUGCAAAGGACUCCACCUGCAGGAUACGCUGCAGGAGGCAGAGGAGGAAGAAGGAGCUGAGUCUGCCCACGGAGGUAGUGUCCUCCAACCAGAACCAGAAUCUCACCAAUCCACCUCUCAUCCCGUCGCUCACACCUACACCAACAUCGCCCCAACCCCUGCGCUCCAUGCCCCAGGCGAUGUCUGACAGCGGAGCGACAAUAACUACUGUCAGUACUGCUGCCACCACCCCGAUAGCAACGACCCCGGCCACCCCUGCUUCUCCAACCCCAGUUUCAGCCCCAGCACAGCCCCAUGCCACCUCCCCGCUGCCCGCGUCCACCAUGGGUGUGCAGGCCUCGGUCUCUGCCAUCAUCGCCCUGAGGCGAGCGGUGCGCAGGCACAGGGACCGCCGAGAGCGCCAACGUCGCGUCCUUAAAAUGUCCCUGCUCAUCAUAUCCACCUUCCUGGGCUGCUGGGCCCCUCUGUCGGCUGUCAACGUUCUGAUCCUGUGCAUGGGUCCCAGCGACAGCCUGGUGCGGCUGCGCCUAUGGUUCUUGGCGAUGGCCUACGGAACCACUAUCUUUCAUCCCCUGCUUUAUGCUUUCACCAGGCAAAAGCUGCGCCGUGCCCUCAAAACACGUGUCAAGAAAAGGGUGGUGUCCCUUCUCCAGGUAGACCCGGCUCCCAGCGGAGGGACAGUUAUUCAUAAUUCCUGGGUGGAGGGGGGAGGCCAGAGGAAGAGUCGCAAGCCGCGAGUGGAGGCCAGUGAGGGCACUGACCGGUGCCUCACGGAGGCAGUGAGGGAAUGAGGCCGUUCUUCAGUGUGUUUGCAUGAGGCAGUGAGUGUGUGUGUGUGUGUGUGAAUUUUUAUCUAUUUUACCAAUUUGCUAGAGAUGGAUCAUGUGUAUAUUUGCGCAUGGAUGUGAGAAAAAAAACUGUUAGUUUACAAAGGUCAGGACAAAUCCUGUGACCACUUGUUCCAGGCAGAUGUGGAAGCAGACGAGUCCAGGGCUUCAAUUAGGGCCUUUACACGACUCUCUUUACACAGGGCCUCAUUAGUCCACCUUCUGACUGACAAGGUGGCCACCGUGUCUCCAUGACAACACUGGGGAAGCAUACACCAUAGCCAUGUAUGAUAAAAACAAUAGUGUGCAGUUGUAUAGGAUAACGGUUAGACAACAGCAAAUGCAUACAUAACUGCUCCUGCGUGCACUUUCAACUUGCAUGUGCAUGUACAUAUGCCACACACACACACAAACACACACCUACACCUAAACAGGCACACUAAUCUAUAUUUAGUCAUUAUCUGUGAAAGCACACCAAUAUCUACCUGCACAGAUAUUCUCAGUGAAAUCAAUAUUAAUGGAAGUCUAUAUUUCUCUUUAUUUCCUUCAUUUAUUCAUGCCUUAAUUGAGUUAUUAAUAUAUUCUUGUGGUGCUGAAUGUCCAGCUGUAUGUUUACAAUAAUGUAUCAGAGUGAUAGGACAGAUACUGUAUAUGGUAUAGCAAAUUAACAGCGGGUAAAUACCAGCAUUCAGAAGUUUACAAGCUUGUAUGAAACUUCCAGGAAACUGCAAAAAAAACGGAUUUUCAAUUGCGAAAGGCACCAUAUUUUGGAAGGAAUGUUUGUAAGUUAAAGCUCAAAGGCAUGACUUUAAUUUUGAUUUAUUGAACAAACCGAAUGAGUAAAAAUCCUGAUGACGUAACCGAGGGCGUGUGAUUGCGAUUGUAUGUUUGCAUGUGUGCAUGUAGGCAUUAGUCUUUGCGUGUGCGGUUGCGUAAAUGGAUAAAGGAGUGUGUUUGCGAUUAUGUGCAAUAAAUUCUGAGAAAAGCAAUGACCCCUGGGAUGUGAACAAAGCGAAUGUGAACACAGAGUUUAUGGUUUUCUACAUAUGGUUUAAAUUAAUAGGGGGAAGAGAGAAGAAAGGGGACUUAAUCAUCUGAUUAACAGAAAGAGGCCAAUGGGCAUAAUGUAAAGGCAGAAUACUUUGAGCAAUCUUAACUACACAGGCUACAGUAAUACUGAAAUUGUAUCACCUCAGUUUUAAAGUGGAAAUCAAAGGGCAACAUUUUGUGGAAAUGAAAUGCUGUCUGUAGUCACUGCAGGUAAACUAGCAUCUUAUACCGGAGGUAUUCCAUCAUCGGGCAAAAGAAACUGGUGCCAUGGGACGUCUCCUCGUAUUAGCUGCUGGUUGCUCUGCAGGUCGGAGUCACUGCUGUUGGACAGAACUUUGAAUGACUGCGGAGGGAAAAGGCCUCUGUCAGCUUCUGGACCGAGUCCUGGACAUGUUUCACUAUAUCUAUAUCUCUCUUUCUCCUCAGGGCUUCAUGUCUCAUUUCUCAAAGUGCUGGACAUAAAACAAUAAACCAGCCCUCAAUCAGCUGUUGUAUAAUGGGUGUUACAGUAGAUUUAUGUCAGUAAGUAGAUAGAGUACACUUUAAGCUUUAUAUGGGCUCGUGGAGAGCGUCUUUUGGAUUUUGGAUCUCCUUCAUCCUCAAACCUUUUACAAUAUUUGUGAGCCAGACAAAAAUACAAUAAUUCUUGUGUAUUCAUGUACAUAUUUCAGGGAUGUAAAUAUUGAAGUGUCUGUUUUGGGGGUUUUAGUCAAAGAAGAUAGUUUUUAUUUUAGUCACAAUCAUCUGCCGGACAGAAAAUCAGCCAUUGUGAUGAACUCUAAAUGAGUUUGAAAGCUACUGUAACAAGAAGAUACAUGUAAGUGUAUUUGUGUUAAUACUAUAUGUGUGUACACUGUACUGUACAUUUAUGAACAUGUGUAUAAAUAUUAGUAUUGUAUACAAUUUAUAUUAUGUGUUAUUGUAUAGAUCGGAACAGAAUCUGUAUUAAAAAAGAUGAUCUAAGAACUGA